AUGACUCCAGCUGCUCAUACCUCCUCUAACUCUACCUCCAAAAACUACCAAACCGGAAAGGAAGGUUCCCACAACCUUGCUAAGGGCUUGGAGCACCCGGACAAAAUCCCAGUGUUUACUGAUCUUUAUGAGAAGAGAGAAUGGAUGAAGCAACACAUGGCCGGUGCCUUCAGAGUAUUCGGCAGAAAGGGAUACACUGAAGGGUCUGCAGGCCACAUUUCCAUCAAGGAUCCAGUUCAACAGGGUACAUUUUGGAUUAACCCGUUGAACAAGCAUUUCUCUCUUAUCAACGCGAGCGACUUGGUGCACAUCGAUAUGGAAUGUAAUGUGUUACCCACUGGGGCUCAAGUGGCAGUUAAUGCUGCGGGAUUUCUGAUUCACGCCGCUAUCCACAAGGCUAGACCAGAUAUUGUUGCUGCAUGUCACACACAUUCUAUAUACGGUAAAGCAUACCUGACCUUUGGUAGAGAGUUGGAAAUGAUCAACCAAGACGUGUGCAUGUUGUACAAGAGACACGUCGUCUUCACCAACUUCGGUGGUAUUGCCUUGGACUCACAAGAGGGUGAAGAAAUCGCGGAAGCUCUCGGCGAAAACGGGGUUGCUGCUAUCUUGCAGAACCAUGGGUUGUUGACCGUCGGAUCCACAGUAGAUGAGGCUGCAUACCUCUUCACCUUGAUGGAAAACUCCUGUCGUGCUCAGUUGUUGUGUGAUGCUGCAGCUGCCAGUGGUAUUAAGAAGAACAUCAUUCCAGAUGACGUUGCUCAGUACACCUUGCACAUGACUGGUGACAUGGAAACCUUGUACGCAGAGUUCCAACCAGAUUUAAAUUACGAGGUCGCUAUGACCAAGGGAGAGUUCUUGAAAUAG